GAUGCAGUUCUCUACGUCUGAUUUUUUUUACCCCCUACAUGUAGGAGAUCGGUCCUUGACUUGACUCUCAGCUUCCAAAUACCAAGUUGUCCCCUGAACUGGGACGAAGGUAAUUAGCCAUGGCGUCUACUGAAACAGGAGGUGACAAGUACCGGUCGUUCAUGCACGGCGAGGGCGAGAAGAACACCGUGUGGAGGCAUGGAGCCCCUCCCAACUACGACAUCGUGAACAAGCUCUUCGAGGAAGAGAGGACCAAGGAAUGGCCGGAUGGGUCUCUUGAGGAGAAGGUGCAGCGCCUGCUCAAGACCUGGGAGAUGGAGAUGAUCCACAAGGUGCGCCCCGACGACCAGAAGAGCGUCCACUCCCAGGGAUUCACCGCGAGCACCAACGGGAUGAAGCCUCUAACGCGGAAGGAGUGGACUGCCAUCGGCGGCUACAACGCGUUCCUGGCGACCAAGCUGCCGCCGGAGCACCGCAUCUACGACCCGGACAAGGAGACGGUCGACUCCGGCAUGUCGACGUUCCUCACGGCGUUCCCCAGGGGCUUCGCCAUCGAGGUGCUGGACGUGUACAGCGGCCCGCCGAGGGUCGCCUUCAAGUUCCGGCACUGGGGUUACAUGGAGGGGCCGUUCAAGGGGCACCCUCCUCACGGCCAGCGCGUCGAGUUCUUUGGGGUCUGCGUCUUCCAUGUUGAUGAGGAGAUGAAGGUGGAGAAGGCGGAGUACUUCUACGAGCGCGGCAACUUCCUCGCAAGCUUCUUGAGCGCGCCUGCUACUGCUGCUGCUGCAUCGGCUUCAGGUUGUCCUGUGAUGAGAGGAAACUGAAGCACCAAAGAAACAUGUCGCUCAUAUCGUUGGAUGACCAGCUUCAGAUUUCAAAUUGGCUUUUGAUUUCAUGUGGUGGCAUUACAAUGUUUGAAUAAAGUGGCUUAUUAUGUCUGGUA